AUGUAUAAUAACAAUAAAAUACUUCCAAAAUUGUUAUCAGUUAGAGAUUUGAUAAAAAUCUAUGGAUUAAAAUCGAAACACCAAUUGAGUCAAAAUUUUUUACUUGACAAAAAUCUUACAGAUAAAAUUAUUAAAUAUGCAAAUAUUAAUAAUAAUAAUAACUCACUUGCAAUUGAAGUUGGUCCAGGGCCUGGGUUAUUAACUAGAUCAAUCUUAGAAACUGGUGUAUCAAAUGUUAUUGCCAUAGAAAAAGACAGUAGAUUUUUACCUUUUCUUAUGCAAUUAGUAGAAGCAUCAGAUAAUAAAUUAAAAAUAUUAGAAGAUGACAUACUAAACAUAGAUCAUGAUUUGAUAUUAAAAACUGCCAAAAUAACUGAUGAGUUAAUACCUGUUACCAAUCUAUAUUUAAUUGGAAAUCUACCAUUCAAUAUUUCAACAAAGUUAUUAGUUCAAUGGAUUAAAAUGAUUUCAAAUAAAUCUGGGAUAUUUAAAAUACCACACGUUUCAAUGACUUUAAUGUUUCAAAAAGAAGUUGGAAAUAGAAUAGUUGCAGAUGUUAAAACUAAACAAAGGGGUAGACUAUCUGUUUUAGUGCAAAGUUUAUGUGAUGCUAAAUUAAUUUAUAAUUUAUCUUCUUCAGUUGAUGCUUCAGUGAUUCAACUUAAUUUAUUAUCAAACCCAAGAAGAAAACAAAUAGGAAAUAUAUUAAGAACUUUACAAAAAAAUCUUCCAGAUGAUAAACAAAUUUUCAUUGAAAAUAUCAUUGAAGAAUUAAAAUUGAAUUUAAAUCUAAGAGCUGAAGAACUAUCAACUCAAGAAUUUUGUGAUUUGUCUAAAAAAUUUUAUGAAAAUUCAAUAAACAUACCUGAUUUUUGA